AAUCGCGCUUACUUCGGGAAAGCAAGCGCCGCCGCAGUCGCGGGGGUCCUACCGCCGUAGAGGGAGCGGCUGCAGCUGGCGCAAGUGUCUGAGGCUUACAGGCCGAGAGGGCAGCUGGUUGGUGCUUAGACCCCUGCCGCCGCGGCGGGUCCCUCCACGUGCUUUCGGCGGCGACAUGGAGCUGGAAGAGUCGGGGAUCCGAGAGGAAUGUGGCGUGUUCGGGUGCAUCGCCUCAGGAGAGUGGCCCACGCAGCUGGAUGUACCGCAUGUGAUCACUCUGGGACUCGUGGGGCUGCAGCACCGGGGUCAGGAGAGUGCUGGUAUUGUGACCAGUGAUGGGAAUUGGAUGCCAACAUUCAAAACACACAAGGGAAUGGGUCUUGUAAAUCACGUCUUUACUGAGGACAAUUUGAAGAAAUUAUAUACUUCAAAUCUUGGAAUUGGACACACGAGGUACGCCACUACAGGAAACUGUGAAUUAGAAAAUUGCCAGCCUUUUGUCGUUGAAACACUUCAUGGGAAAAUAGCUGUGGCACAUAAUGGCGAAUUGGUAAAUGCUGCUCGCUUAAGGAAAAAGCUUCUGCGUCAUGGUAUUGGUCUGUCAACAAGUUCUGAUAGUGAAAUGAUCACCCAGUUACUGGCAUAUACCCCUCCCCAGGAACAAGAUGACACCCCAGACUGGGUCGCAAGGAUUAAAAACUUAAUGAAGGAGGCACCCACAGCAUACUCCCUGAUUAUAAUGCACAGGGAUGUUAUUUAUGCAGUUCGAGAUCCUUAUGGAAAUCGUCCUCUAUGCAUUGGUCGUCUUAUUCCUGUAUCUGAUAUAAAUGAUAAAGAAAAAAAAUCUUCAGAAACAGAAGGAUGGGUGGUGUCUUCAGAAUCUUGUAGCUUUUUAUCUAUUGGUGCAAGAUAUUACCGUGAAGUCUUGCCUGGAGAAAUUGUGGAAAUAUCCAGACAUAAUGUCCAAACUCUUGAUAUUAUACCAAGGUCGGAAGGAAACCCAAUGGCCUUCUGUAUCUUUGAAUAUGUUUAUUUUGCAAGACCAGAUAGUAUAUUUGAAGACCAAAUGGUUUACACAGUAAGAUACCGUUGUGGUCAGCAGCUGGCCAUGGAAGCACCUGUGGAUGCAGAUUUGGUUAGCACGGUUCCGGAAUCUGCUACGCCUGCUGCUCUUGGUUAUGCAGCAAAGUGUGGGCUUCCAUAUGUGGAGGUGCUAUGUAAAAACCGGUAUGUAGGAAGAACCUUCAUUCAGCCAAACAUGAGGUUAAGACAGCUUGGUGUUGCGAAAAAAUUUGGAGUUUUGUCGGACAACUUCAAAGGCAAAAGAAUUGUUCUUGUAGAUGAUUCAAUUGUGAGAGGCAAUACCAUCUCACCCAUAAUCAAAUUGCUCAAAGAAUCUGGUGCAAAAGAGGUACACAUUCGCGUAGCUUCACCCCCAAUUAAAUAUCCAUGCUUCAUGGGAAUAAACAUACCAACAAAAGAAGAGCUUAUUGCUAAUAAACCAGAAUUUGAGCAUAUUUCAGAUUAUCUAGGAGCAAACAGUGUUGUGUAUCUGUCAGUUGAAGGACUGGUUUCAUCUGUGCAAGAAGGGAUAAUAUUUAAAAAACAGAAAGUGAAAAAGCAAGAUAUUAUGGUUCAAGAAAAUGGAAAUGGUCUGGAAUGUUUUGAAAAGAACGGUCAUUGUACAAAGCAAGAUAUUAUGGUUCAAGAAAAUGGGAAUGGUCUAGAAAGUUUUGAAAAGAAUGAUCAUUGUACAGCUUGUCUGACUGGAAAAUACCCUGUGGAAUUGGAAUGGUAGCUGCUAGGGGUAGAUGUGAUGUUUCAAGAUAGAAAGUUCGUGGAGAAGUUGUAGUGGUUACACUUUAUCCAUUUACUGUUACUCAGUUGGUACAAUGUAAAAUGCCACAUGCUUGUGUUAUACCUUUUGAAAUUUUUUUCUGAAAAGGGUACCAAAGUGCUAUACUUUCUUUUAUAACCCUAGAUAAAUAUUUUGGUGUUAUCUAGGAACUUGGACGACCCUUUCAGUUUUAUUUAGUAGUUUAGUACUUUUAGGCUACCAACUAUGAGACCAUAUACAUUUAAUUUCAGAUCAUCAACAGUAAUGCAAAGAAUUGGUAAAUUUCUGUUUCAGAGAGGAUUGCCAAGUACUGUACAUCUCCACAGAUUCUUAGAGAAUUUUGUGGAGGGUUUCUUGAGAAUUAUUGAAAAUCAGUUAUGGAAUAUUUUUAAAAUUAACCUUGUUAAUCACAUAUAAUACAAUGUUAUAUGGUAUUCGUUUUUUAACUCAAGCAUUGGCUAGCCUUUUGCACCUGGUCGGAGAAGGCAGGUGGUUAAGUGGCAUUUGCCAGGUCCAUAUUUUUAACAGUUUGCAGGAGGUUAGACUAAGGUGGUGUAGUACAAACAGGACAUGUGAGUCAAGUAUAACAUUUCACGCAAACCUUGAAUCUGUUAUACCCCAAAGUUAUUUAGUGUCUAGGGUUCUGAUUAUAGUUAGGACCUUGGCUUCUCUUAAAGAAAAACAAAAACAAAUACAACUUUUGGUGCUUCACUUUCCCAAUCUGUGCAAUGGGGUGCUUACAUUAUUAAAUAACUAACAGCAGUUAUUUUUAGUGGCUAGAGCCAUCAUUCCUCCUUCAGUUUUAAGACAGUGCAUGAUUAUUAUUAGCUUUUGAAAUGUUGACUGUUGGUCUGCAAUUCAGAUUUCAAAAGGAAGACACACAGCUUAGCAGUGAUUUGCCACCUGUCUUUGAGAUGCCCUAACAAUGACGGCAAAGACGUGUCUUUUAAAAAAUUUUCCUACAUUUGACUAGAAAGUAUGAUCCAUACUGCUUAUACCUUAUAGUAUAAGCCCAGCAAGUAACCUCGUACGUUUGAAGUAAAAACUAAAUAUUUAGAUUCUAACAAAUCUUCUAUCCUUAAUUCGGUUAUAUGCUUUUUUAAUGAAGUGCUUGAUCACUUGCAAACAUAUGUGUAUAUACACAUAAAGAUCAUUGCAAUGAGAUGAGCAAGUAGAAACGUUGUAGGGGCCAAAUUUGUUCAAGGAUCAAGGAGACAGCGACUUUUUUCGGUUAGCAUGCUCGUCUAAUUCUGAGCAUCAACAUCACUUUUUCCAAUUUGUUUUAUUGGGAAUCUAAUGAAGUAGAUUUUUUUUUAAGUAUUUUUUGGUUAACAUCUGAGAUUUAAAACUUUAAGGUGACUUGCCCCCAACCCUUGUUUUAUGUAAGAUUUUAAAACAUGAAAGUGUUUGUUUCUGUGUUAUUGUUACCAUAAUUUGAUGUACGUAGUGUCCAAAUCCAUCUAGAAAUGUAGUAUUUAUUAAUAACUGUAAUCUUUUCUCUUCAUUUGGUAUUCAGCCUCACGUGUUAUAUUAUGGUAGGCCAAGGCAAAAUGGUGACAGCUCUUUAAGCCCACCUGCAGCAGGCAGCAGUGGGUCAGAUAUCUCUGUGGUGGUGACACAAGCCAACCAGCAUUUGGAUAAAGCCCUGGGACCAUAUGAGUGUAUAACCUCUUGUCUUAAAUGUAUUCCUCAUAGCAGCGUGGAGGAGGCAAGACCUAUGGGUCAAUGUUGAACCAGCCUUAUAUUUGAUUUUUUCAAAACGAGAGACUCAGGGAACGUACUAAACCAAAAUCUCUGAUUUGAUUUCUGUUGUUUUCCAUAGUUCUUAUCUUGUUUUAUUGAGGUGCUUUUAUAAAGGAAAAUGGUACUGUGACAGUUUGAUAAUUCUACAGAUUUCUUACUGUUUCUCCAUCAUGGCCUUUUAUUUCACAAGUUUCUAAAGUGUGGAUUACAAUUUUAUACCAGCUUCAUCUCAAAUGUUGUUUAACUGCUUUAAAUUUCUAUACUUGUUGUAAACAGCAGAGAAAAUCAUGUUUUCACGGGAUCUAUAUUACUGUGAACUAAACCUACCUUUUUGUGACCUCCUUGUGAUGCAUUGGUGACAAAUAUAUGU